UCUAAAUACAGUGCACGAAGUGUAUUUAAAAAGCCAACCCCCGAAGCGUAGAAUUGCUGCUCCAGGAUAUGGGAACUAUUCGUACCCAUUACUUAAUUCGUAGGGGAAGGGUACUCUCAUUACUAUCCCUUAUUCUGGCUUGUAUAGUGAGCAACUCUCAUGAGGAGACCAUCCGCAGAAAUCAAUUCCCAGUCGAGUUUCUCUUCGGAACGAGUACUUCCGCCUAUCAGACUGAGGGAGCAAUUCUUGAAGGUGGCAGGGGUCUCAGCAAUUGGGAUGUGUUUAGCCACGUUCCAGGGAAGAUCGAAACAGGGGAAAAUGCAGAUACGGCAGACGACCAUUACCACCUCUACUUGCAAGACAUCGACCUGAUGCACUCGUUGGGGAUAAAUGCUUAUCGUUUUUCCAUUUCUUGGGCCAGGAUUUUACCACGAGGGAGGUUUGGAGACGUUAAUCCUACGGGGAUCGCGUUCUAUAACAGUAUCAUAGACAAUCUCCUACGGAGAGGGAUCGAACCGUUUGUGACCUUGUAUCAUCACGMCCUGCCACAAGAACUGGAGGACAGAUAUGGGGGAUGGCUGAGCCCUCUAAUACAGGAAGAUUUUGGAUAUUUUGCAGAAAUCUGUUUCAGGAGGUUCGGAGAUCGGGUGAAGUACUGGAGUAGUUUGAAUGAGCCCAACUUGUAUGCUCAUUUUGCUUAUCUGAGGGGAAUGUACCCACCAGGUCGUCGUUCGGAGAUGGAGCCUUUCACUGUGCUUCACAACAUGCUGUUGUCCCACGCCAGGGCCGCUUAUUUGUACCGGUCGCGUUAUCAGCAAAAACAAGGUGGCUCGAUAGGAAUUGUUGUGAAUACAGCAAUGUACGAACCCUUGAGAGACGAAGCGGUGGAUCGUGAAGCUGUGAGUCGGGCUCUGGCUUUCUAUGUUUCCGGGGUGUUAGAUCCCUUGAUACAUGGAGAUUACCCUCCAGAGAUGCGUCACCAUCUUGGUGCUCGACUGCCCAAGUUCUCAGUGGAGGAGUCCAAGGCACUAAACGGCAGUAUUGACUUCAUCGGCAUCAACCACUAUUCAAGUUUAUAUGCCAAAGACUGCAUCAACUCUCCUUGUCCUACAGGAGAAAGCCAUGCAUUCCUAGGUUUUGUUUACACAACCGGUUUUAGGGAUGGUGUUGCAAUUGGAGAGCCGACUCCGAUGCCUAGAUUCUUCAUAGUUCCAGAUGGACUGGAGAAAAUGGUAGAGUACAUUAAAACAAGAUACAAUAAUAAACCCACUUUUGUCACUGAAAAUGGAAUUGCUCAAUUAGACCAACCUGGUCAGAGAGAAGUUUUACUGCAUGACAACAAGCGAGUCGAGUUUUUGAAAGGUUACCUUGCUUCUCUUGCUCGAGCAAUCAGGAAUGGGGCUGAUGUGCGGGGCUAUUUUGUGUGGUCACUGAUGGACAACUUUGAAUGGACGAACGGUUUUAGAAUGAGAUUCGGACUCUAUUACGUGGACUACCAAACGCUGGAGCGGACUCCAAAGCUAUCUGCAAAAUGGUACAGGGAUUUCCUCACCCCCAACGCUACUGAUGAAUAUGAUGAUCUACUAGUGAAGCGAUCGAGGGUAGCCAAUUGGAGAGGUGUUGAAGUAGAUAUAUGAUCAUAUCCUUCUUCCAUUAUCAUUUUCAUCAUCACCCAACAUGUUCUAAGCUUCCUCUGUUGCUCUCUUGCUAAAUUAUUCCUUUAUGAACAUGGAAGAGAAUAUGUUACUGUUUUUCCUUAUGAAUUCCCAGCAUGAUCAGAUUUAGAGCAUCAAAUUCCACAUCCAGGGUCAGGUUUAUAUAUGCUCAUCAACCGAAUCAUGCACUCUUGACUCUUGAAAUGUUUACCUUCCACAAUCUCUUAUGCUUAAUUUCCAUUUGGCUGACUUCCAUAGCAUUCAAUUACAAUUUCAUGCUUGUUUCUAA